AUGGUAACACAGUGCUGCAUCCUGGCUGUCCUUCUCGCAGUAACUGACGCGGGUGGAUUCGGCGGCGGGGACGGUGGCGGGUACGGUGGCGGGGGUGGUGGAUACGGCUUCGACCAAGGUCAGGGAUUCGGCCUCCAUAAGUGGCAACCUUACAAGUUCGGCUACCAUGUGCUGGAUGGCCACGGCCACCAGCACCGAGAGGAGAAAAGCGACGGCGUCGGCAAUGUGCGCGGCAGCUACGGCUACACGGACGCGUAUGGUCACUACCGCCAGGUGGAGUACGUGGCCGACCAGUACGGCUUCCGGGCAAAGGUCCUCACUAACGAGCCCGGGACGGCCAGCAAGAACCCGGCAAACGUCAAGGUCUUGUCAACUAGAGGCGGGGAACACGGUCGCUGA